AUGUCUGUCUCUGAUCCUUUGCUAGACAGCUAUAACUGUCCCGCAUUUCUACGAUGCUGCAACGCGUACAGAGAGUACCUUGUCAAGACUGAGGCCAGGGAACUCAAGCUCCCACUUUACACGACGAAUUCUGCUGGUGAAAUCAUUGUGUACCAUGGCGAGGUCUAUUGUCGCGUACCGGGAUGUAAACACAACCAUGUGGCUACCUCUGCGACUAACAACCUUCGUCAACACCUCACCAGGCAUGGCCUACACCUCCCGACGAGUGCCACGGGUCGCUUGACGCAGGCUAGGAAGGAUGCCGCCAUUCAGUGGUACAACUCCCUGUUUGAGGCUGAAGAAGAUGGUGACGACGAGAACAGCGAUGAGGACGACGAUGCAGAGGAUGACCAUGCGGGGGAUAACCGUGCAGAGGAAGACGAUGAGAAAAAUGCGGAGGAAGACAACGAAGACUACGACGAGGAUGACGAUUGA